GGAAACAACUAGUAAUAUUUUCCCAAAGGAAUCAAAGUUGUAGAGGCCGUUGGCAUCAAACUUCAAAAGUUUCCAAAAAGCAUUGUAUUUAUCCCUCAAUCAUGGCACAGGCCUCUGUGAAUGUACCAAGAUUAGAAGGAAAGGUAGCGCUGAUCACUGGCGGUGCUCGUGGCAUUGGCGAGUGCAUCGCAAGGCUGUUCACCAAACAUGGAGCAAAAGUGAUUAUUGCUGAUAUCCUAGACAACUUGGGUCACUCGGUAUGUGAAGACUUGGGUGACGAACUUGCUUUUUAUGUUCACUGUGAUGUGAGUAAUGAAUCAGACAUUGAACAUGCGGUUAACACCGCCAUCCUCAAAUAUGGAAAGCUUGACAUCAUGAUCAACAAUGCAGCUAUAGCUGACGAACCUAAAACCAGCAUUCUUGACAAUGAAAAAUUUGAGUUUGAUCAAGUCAUUAGCGUGAACCUAACAGGAGUCUUCUUAGGCACCAAGCACGCAGCUCGCGUGAUGAUUCCAGCAAAAAAGGGUAGCAUUAUUACAAUCGGAAGUGUUUCUUCUAGUGUUGGUGGUGUUGCUUCUCAUGCGUAUACGAGUUCAAAGCACGCCGUGGUGGGGCUGACAAAGAAUGUUGCUGCAGAGCUCGGGCAGUUUGGGAUUCGCGUUAACUGCUUAUCACCCUAUUUCAUUUUGACACCAUUGACAAUGAAAUUUUUCAAGAUAGAUGAGAAUGGUGCCUCUGGAGUUUAUUCUAACCUCAAAGGGAUGGCUCUUAGCUCAGAAGAUGUGGCUGAAGCAGCUCUUUAUUUGGGAAGUGAUGAGUCCAAGUACAUGAGUGGGCAUAAUCUUGCACUAGAUGGAGGAUUUACUGCUAUAAAUCCAGCUUUUGGAUUGUUUGCGUAGGAAAAUUAACUUGUUUGUAAUCAAGUUGAUGUGUUUGAUAUAAAUGUACUUCAAAUUUCUAUAAUAAAUGUUCGAUUAGAUAUUCCUAUCUUUUUUUCAUAUCAAUAAAUAUAUUUAUUUCUUAA